GAUUCAUUGUCUCAAAAGGAAAAUAAUUUGUAUUUCUGAUCUGCUGUACGUCUUACAUCUGUUAUAAAUUUUUGGAAAUACAAUGAGUGGCGACCAGGUAAAGGAGUCCAAAAUGAACGAAAAAGUUGUGGCCGAAUUUCAACAGCUCCGCAACGAGCAAAGAAAUCUCGUUAAUAAUCUGAACACUCUGGAAAUGGAUAUUAAAGAGCACAAAACUGUGAUAGAUACUCUGAAAACUGUGGAUCCCGAUCGAAAAUGUUUCCGUCUCAUCGGUGGCGUACUCUGUGAGCGAACUGUUAAAGAAGUUUUACCUCAACUAAUAGAGAAUAAAGAUUUCAUCGAGAAGACCAUAGCAUUAGUCACUGAAGAUUUGACCAAGAAGGGCCAACAAAUUAACAAAUUCAAAGAGGAACACAACAUUAGAAUAAGAGGCGAACAAUUGCCCGGCGAAACAUCAAAAACACAAUCAGAUGAAAAUAAGGCAGAAAAUCGCAAUGUCUUAGUUUCCAACUGAAUAAACAAAUUCUCGGAUAAACACAACAAUACAAAAUUCAAACGAAUGAAGGGAUUUGUUAAAAAACUAAUUAUAAAUUUCAUAACGACAAAGAGCAGGCCUGGAUGCCUUCGUUUUUUCUGUUCUGAAUUGUACUCAACAAGUUCUGGUACUGUUGCCAAUUUAUCCCUUUAGUGGACUAGUUCGUUCUGUAAUACAUCGAUCGAGGUGAUAAAGCCACAACAAGAACAACUCAUUAAUUAACAAUAUUUUUAUAAAUUACAUAGUAUUUAAUCCUUUCCCUUCGGUCGUCUUUGGUGACCUCUUAUGUACACUAAUAUGUAAAAGUAAUAUUAGUUGAAAUAAAAACCAAAAACAUCCUCAUGUCUCCUCUUACCGAGUUAAAAUGUCGAAACAGGGUACUUAGUUUCCCUUUAGUAAUUUAAUUUUAAGCUUUAUUUAAUAAAACUAAAAUACUUAACACAA